UUCCCAGGGAAAAGUCGAAUACGAAUAGCCAAAAUCCUUAUUCGUGUCCAGCCCUAGUUGCCAGGGUAUAUACAUUUCUUCAAAACCUAUCCGACAAUUCUAUUGAAACCUUCUUCUCUUUUAUUCAGCAUCUUCAAGUCAAAGUUGCCUCAAGUCUUAUAUAAGCGUUUGUGGACGUCGUCAAAGGUUAUAUCUGAGCAAGGUAUCACGGACUCCAUCAGUUGUCAAUUGUAUUCAAUCCACGCCCUGUGGAACAGGGUCACACGCCCUUUGACACGAUGGAUACAAUGGAGCACUUCGAAUCAAUGCCUCAAAUGGAAAACUAUUUUGAUUUCCAGCAAGCCGCAAUUCCUGAAGACAGUAUUCUUCCCGAUCCAAUUGUUCAGGUCGCUGAGGUUCCUCGUUCGACCAACCCUUGCCCGUCGCAUCCAAACAACAACUGUAUAUGCCACGGGUUCUUGGACGAUUUCCUUCCUGACCCGGUACUCGAACUCGAGCCAGAGACGACUGGUCUAGCAGAUCAAGGUGAAGGCUUCCAGGACUUCUCCGCCUUCCUUCCCCGAUAUUCCAAGCCAGAGGACUGUUGCGGUUACUGCCGUGAAAAAAACAUGGAGUGCUUCUUCACUUACGAGGGCCAGGCCAGCUGCUCUCCCUGCAAUGCCUUGUUCCGGCCUUGUAGCUUCAAUGCCCACAACGAAGGGAUGGAUAUGCCUCAAAGGGGCCGUAAUCGGAGUGUAAUGGACACAUUACACUUGGUGCCUGAAGAUGUGUGCCAAGAAGCAGGAGCAUUGACAGGAAUCGUUGCCUUGAGAUCUUGGAAUCGAGCUGGAGUGGAUGCUCAGAAUGUGGACGCCCAGCCGAAGGGGAAGAAUGGGAUGAGGUUCUCCCGAAGUGCCCUCAAGAUCUUGAAAGAUUGGAUGGCCGAACAUCGCACUCAUCCAUAUCCCACCGAGGAAGAGAAGGCCGAGCUAGCGGCUAGGACUGAUCUUUUACCAGCUCAGAUCUCUAACUGGAUGGCCAACACCAGGAGAAGAACAAAAACCAAACAGCGAGGGGUUUCCCCAAGUAUCAGGUCGCCGAUACCACCGUCACUAUCACAGUCACCAAGCUCUGCCAUCAACAUCCGCCCCAACGCCGAUGGUAUCACGCAUAGUACCAAAUGGGAGCGCAUGAAUCCCCUAGAGAGAUGGAAGCACUCUCCUCCUGAGAACGAACCUGCAGCAGUUGCUGAUAUCGCCACCGCCGUCGCUCAGUCGUUCUACCAGCCCUUCGAAGUUGGUGAAAUCGCACCUAUUAGGCAGGCGCAACUCGAUUCCACCUCGAAUGGGUCCACCAGUCUCUCUAAACACCGUCCCCGAUCCACUACCUCUCAUGGAACCGGACCCUCCUGGUCUGCCCUCUCCAGUGGCUCCCACUCUAGAUCCCACGGUUCGGGGUCCGCCUACUCCUAUGGCUCCCGCAACUCCUUCGGCAGCUUCGGGAGCGGCAUCGCGAAGAAAGAACGCCGCCGACGCCGACGCCCCGCCACCAAGCCCCUCAAAACCAACGACGAAGAUAACCGCCCCUUCCAAUGCACCUUCUGCACCGACAAAUUCAAAUCCAAAUACGAUUGGACCCGCCAUGAGAAAUCCCUGCACCUUUCCCUCGAGAAAUGGAUUUGCGGGCCCCUCGGCGAAGUCGUCACCGAUUCCGCCACCGGCGUCCACCGCUGCGUCUACUGCGACACUCUUAACCCCGACCGUGCACACCUGGACACUCACAACCACCGCGCCUGUGAAGAAAAGGGGCUAGAGUCCCGCACGUUCUACCGAAAAGACCAUCUCCGUCAACACCUUCGCCUCAUGCACGGCUGCAAGCUGAUCCCCUCCAUGGAGUCCUGGAAAUCCGAAAACGGCAACGUCCGCUCCCGCUGCGGCUUCUGCGACCUGUACUUCGAAUCCUGGUCCGCACGCAACGAGCACCUCUCCAAACACUUCCGCGCCGGCGCCAAGAUGGUCGAGUGGAAAAGCUGCCGCGGCUUCGACUGCCAUGUCGCCGCUAUGGUCACCAACGCCAUGCCGCCGUACCUCAUCGGCAACGAGUCUAUUUCUCUCAACCCCUUCAGCGCCACCACCAACCCCACCACCCAAUAUCACCACGCGAGCAAGGACUACAUCCCGAUCCACAUCGACGGUGUCGCAUAUCCCAUGGAGGGCGCCUUCCCAGAGGACUUGGGGAUGCCGACUAAGUUCGCCUCCACACCCUCGGGGACCACCGGGACUGGCCACGCGUCCGGCUCGGGAUCGGGCUCCUCGCCCGCCAGCGGGUUCCGAGACGCGCAUCUCCAGCCUAUAGCGCAGCGCGGGGUGCCGCUAGGUGCGACGUGCUGGGAGAUCCUAACGAUACGGCUAGGGAAGUUCGUGCGGGAGAUGCAGAUCGCCGAUCCCGGCGUGCAGUUCACGGACAAGCUGCUGCAGAAGCAGGCGCGGUUCAUCCUGUACGAGGAGGAGGAUGAUUGGAACCAGACGCCGGCGGACAACGAGGAGUGGUUGGAGUUGUUCAAGAAGGCGCAUGGGUUGAUACCGGGGACGUUUGCGCAGGAAGAUUGGUUGGAGGACUUGGGAGCGGAGGCGGAGGAGCUGAGGUUUGAUGGCGUAUUUGACAUGGAGGGGUUCGGUGACGAGGGGAAUUCGUUUGCGAUGUCUUAGUGAAUGGAGACUGGAGAAGUACGAACGCGAUUCGAUGACAUCGUUUCAACACCAUUUCGGAUGCCUCCAUCAUGAGUUAUGAGGCUGCAUUUUCGGGGUUCGUUUCAUAGCAGGGAAAACAGUCAACGUAGUUAGGAGCAAAUGGACGAUGGG